UCCAAGUAUGUUUUAUCUUCUUCCACAACGGGGUUCUUUGAAAAGAGAUUAUAACCAGCCAUUCCCUUCUCUCUGAGUUCAGACCAGAUGGAUUUAUCAAACUCCAAAGUUGCAGAAGAUCAAUUAUCCAGCAACUCUGAUAGAAUGCAUGGCGAAAUGAGUUCAGCUAGCAAGAAAACUUUAUGGUCCAUAGGAGCUUGUGAUGUUUUCAGACCAGAGGUAUGGAGGGCAGCUUUGACAGAGUUAGUAGCAACAGCCUUACUAAUGUUGACCCUCACAACCUCCAUUAUUGCAUGCUUGGACUCAAACGAGGUUGAUCCCAAGCUUCUUGUUCCUUUUGCAGUAUUCAUAAUAGUCUUCCUCUUCUUAAUGGUCACUGUCCCUCUCUCUGGAGGCCACAUGAGCCCAGUCUUCACCUUCAUCGCUGCCUUAAAGGGAGUCAUAACUCUUACACGCACUCUCAUUUACGUAAUAUCCCAAUGCAUCGGCUCCAUUAUUGGCUUUCUGAUCAUCAUGACUCUGAUGGACAAAAGAUUGGCGCGAGUGUAUUCCUUAGGAGGCUGUGCUGUUGCUGGCUUGAAGCAGCAAGAAGCUCUGUUGUUAGAAUUUUGUUGUACUUUUGUGGUACUCUUUGUGGGCGUCACCAUUGCUUUUGACAAGAGAAGGUCCCAUCAUUUGGGGUUGCCAAUGGUGUGUUUGGUGAUUGCGGGAGCCAUGGCCUUGGCAGUUUUUGUGUCUAUUACUGUGACUGGACAGCCUGGAUAUGCUGGCGUGGGCCUCAACCCAGCAAGGUGUUUGGGCCCAGCAUUACUUCAAGGAGGCCCAUUGUGGAAUGGUCAUUGGAUUUUUUGGGUUGGACCAUUCUUAGCUUGUAUUCUCUAUUAUUUUAUCUCUUUAAACUUACCUAACGAGGUUUUUGUUUAA